AUGUCGGCGGCGCCCCGGCACGGCGGCCCGCCGCGGCGCCGGGCCGGGCCCCUCCGCGGCGCCGAGAAGAAGUGCUCUUGGGCUUCCUAUAUGACCAAUUCUCCUACUCUGAUCGUGAUGAUUGGGCUGCCUGCGCGAGGCAAGACUUACAUGUCCAAGAAGCUGACGCGCUACCUCAACUGGAUCGGAGUGCCCACCAAAGUAUUUAAUUUAGGAGUUUAUCGCCGUGAGGCAGUGAAGUCUUACAAGUCCUAUGAUUUCUUCAGGCAUGAUAACAAAGAAGCCAUGGAAAUUCGGAAACGGUGUGCCUUAGUGGCUCUAGAAGAUGUGAAAGCUUAUCUCAUGGAGGAGUGCGGCCAGAUAGCUGUGUUUGAUGCAACCAACACAACUCGAGAAAGGCGGGAUCUGAUCUUAAAUUUUGCUAAAGAAAAUGCUUUUAAGGUGUUUUUUGUGGAGUCUGUCUGUGACGAUCCAGAAGUCAUUGCUGCCAAUAUCCUGGAAGUGAAAGUCUCCAGCCCAGACUACCCAGAGAGAAACAGGGAGAACGUGAUGGACGAUUUCCUGAAGAGGAUAGAGUGCUACAAAGUUACUUACCAGCCUCUUGAUCCUGAUGAAUAUGACAGAGAUCUUUCCUUCAUUAAAGUGAUCAAUGUGGGACAGCGGUUCCUAGUAAACAGAGUCCAAGAUUACAUCCAGAGUAAAAUCGUCUAUUACCUAAUGAACAUUCAUGUCCAGCCGCGUACCAUCUACCUUUGCCGACAUGGUGAGAGUGAAUAUAAUCUUGUUGGCAAGAUUGGUGGGGAUUCUGGUCUGUCACCACGUGGGAAGCAGUUUUCUCAGGCUCUUAAGAAGUUCAUUGAAGAGCAGGAAAUUGUUGAUCUGAAGGUUUGGACAAGCCAGCUGAAAAGGACAAUUCAGACAGCUGAGUCUUUGGGGGUCACUUACGAGCAAUGGAAGAUCCUGAAUGAGAUUGAUGCUGGGGUAUGUGAAGAAAUGACUUAUGCAGAAAUUGAAGCCAAGUAUCCAGAUGAAUUUGCCUUGAGGGAUCAAGAGAAGUAUCUUUAUCGCUAUCCUGGAGGAGAGUCCUACCAGGACUUGGUACAGCGUCUGGAGCCGGUAAUUAUGGAGCUAGAACGUCAGGGCAAUGUCCUUGUUAUCUGCCACCAGGCAGUUAUGAGGUGCCUGUUGGCUUAUUUUCUUGACAAGAGUGCAGAUGAAUUACCAUAUCUGAGGUGCCCCCUUCAUACCAUUUUCAAACUCACUCCAGUUGCAUAUGGUUGUAAAGUGGAAACAAUUACCCUGAAUGUUGAAGCAGUAAACACCCACCGCGACAAACCUUUGAAUUCAAACAACCUUCCAAAGAGCCAAACCCCUGUAAGGAUGAGAAGAAACAGCUUUACACCGCUGGCCAGUGUGGACACAGUAAAGCGCCCAAGAAAUCACAGUGUUGGGAGCAAGCCUCUCAAUCUGCUGGGGUCUUUCCUAUUUCCGGAAGCUCAAGAUGGGGCAGAUCAGCCACGGCUGCAAUAUGAGCUAUCUUGUGCUGUUUCUUUUUCCUUUGCAGCCUCAAGUGGGAAAUGCUUGCCUAGGAUGGCUGGUUUAACCAUGUAGAGGUUUCUGGUUUCAUCUUGAACAUGGCUGAGAUUUCCACAGAUAUCCUGAUGGACAAAAAAAUUUCCUCCUGGGACUUGCGUGCCUUCUGACUACUGGAACCAGCAUGUUGCCUGGAGCUGCCGUCCUCAGACGUCUGGAAGCACAGUGAGCCAUUUGGCACUUUGGCCAGUAAUUUGAAAUAUAUUUUAAAGCUUCUCUGAUUCUUUUUUUUUCCUGUUUCUUUUUGAAUGCUGAAAUGUCUAUCAGCAAGACUGAAGAAAAUUUAUUAUGAAGAUUUUAAAGUUGCUUUUAAAGUAUGUGUGUCUGUGUAUGUGCAUGUGUUGUGCAGCAAGCCAGCGUGUGGUCUAAUGUAUUCUCAUACUUCCUCGAGGAAAGUAUAUGCUGCUUGGUCCUGUGAACUUGUUCUGGAGUUUUAAAAUAAUUUCUGAUGUCUCUCUUCCUGCUUAGCUGGAAAAAGUAAUUGCAGUACUUUAGGACAAAAUGGUCAAAUUCAUACUUGCUGAAGUAGCUUCUGUUUUGAAGAUUAGUUCUCCUCAGACCUAAUGUCCAGGUUUUUAUUAAUUCUUACUAUCUUUCAAGUUCAAGCACAGUUAGUGUUAUUUAACUAUUGAAAGAGCUCCAGAUAUCAUUUGAUUCUGCUUUGAUGACUUUUUUUUUGAUUUGAAUCUCCAGAUCUGAACAUGUUCUUAUAUUUUGGGAAGGGUAAAUCUAAAUCUAGCAUAACAAAAGGCACUUGUAAGAUCAGGUGGUCUUGUGAAACUUAUCACACUGAGGAGCAAAAGGGAAUAAAAGUGUAUGUUAUCCUGUAGUUACCAAUGCAGUUCAAAUUUUGCUUUAGCUUUGUACUGUUUUAAGCCUCAUCCUAUCACUUGUUUUUCUAUCUCUUACAACAGAAACUUGCCUCAUUCUGUCCCUUACUGUGUCAUAUGAGUUUCUAGAUUCUAUAUUUACUGUUCUAUUCUACCUACCUUAUCCAAAAACUCUGAAAAUAAGUGUGGAUGUAUGUGCCUGCGUACUACUUUGUGAAUAACUGCAUCCAUAUGGCUUAACUUGGUUUGUAGAAAAAAGUUGAGUAACAUUCAUUAUGAAGAGUGUUUUCUGUUUUUCAAAUUAUUUUUGGUUUCAAAACUUAUUGAGGAAUGCAGUAUGUGAAUGAGUUGAAGAGAGAAAAUACCUUUUACAAUUGGGAUCUCAAUUUCUUUGCAUUACAAUGAAACAACAUGCUGGAAAAUCAGAACAUAGUUUUCUGUUCAGUGUUUAGAAAGAGUAGAGCUAUGCAUUUAGGAUUUGUAAGAAGCAAAUGAUUUUUAUGGCACUUAUUAAUGUACCAGAUUUUAUUUUUUAUUGUUUUUUAACUUGGAUAUGAAUGAACUGUGAAAGUUAGUGAUAUAUAAUGCUGCCUUUUGGAUAAUUUAAGCUGUUCUGGUGUAUAGCACAUAGAUAGUGAAACAUAUCUGCAGCAAAGCCAGGGUGGUAAGCAUUACUUAAAUCCCCAUACAUUGGUGUGGGUUAAACAGCACUCCAAAUUUUAUAGCUUUCUCCUAUGAAUCUUGUGUUUAGGUAAAUUCCAUUUUUUUCUCACUCCUACUAUCCUCCUUGUAAUAAAGGCAAAAUUGUCAAACUUGGAAUCCUAAAAUUAAGUAAAGAAAUGAGCAUUUAGGUGCUUAAAUGGGAAACAAGCUUUUAUUAGGUGUUAUACUUACUGUUUCCAGUGAUUUCAGCAGGAUUUAUAGGAUCCCCAGAAUUUCUGGCGUUAAAAUAGCUUAUUUUAAAUGUGUAAAUAAAUGUUGGACAUACCUAAAGUAGGUGUGUAUGCUUGAAAAAUGUAGACCAGGACGUUUAAAUAAAGAGCCUCUUUUUUGCCUUUGCUGCCAAUGAGCUUGCAGUCCAGAAGCUUGAGGUUUACUGUGGAGUUUUGAGAGCUGAAACUCAAUUGUUUUAAUCACUCUCAGUAUUUUAACUCAGUAACACUGUAAUAGAGGGCCACAUCAAUGGCCCAAGCACUAAUCCCAAUGUCUUAGGAUCUAAGAGGAACUUAAAUGGUAUGUUGGUCUUUAAUAAGUAGUUUACUACUUAAUCUGUAGAGAGAUGAAACUCACAGUCAGUGAGAAAAUUUGAUUUUUUUUUUUAAUUAAUUUUGUUCUGCAGGAUCUCCUCACUGAAAUGCAGGUUUGUUGCUGCUUUCUGCAAGGGUAGCAUCAUCAAUUCUUUGUUUUUAAAUUUUAAAGUGCUUAGAAAUAAGCCAGGAAAAAGGGAAAGAGAAAAUACUGUGAAGGAAGAGAUUUAUAGUCUAUUGCGUAAUAAUAUUCGCUGUCACUUUCCAGAGUAGUCCUCUAACUGCAAGAAAUUGCACCUGGACAGAGUGGCUGCUGCUAGCAAUAAAUGCUCCUGCUAUACAGGAAAGAUGAAUAGAAAUGUACUGUAAGAUAUUUAUGCACAAUAUGCUGUAAUAACUUUACACAAUGCUAAGAAGUUAAUUAUAUUUAUGUCAUUGAGUAGUUAAUGGUUGUAACAAAAUAAAUAUAUAUUUCUACAUGCCAGAAUUCGUGAAUGUAGCUGCUAAUACGUUGGCAGUCCUAACUCUUUAAUCACUGCUAAAAAUCCAUUCUGUAACAGAAGUUUUGGAUUGCUGAGGUCAGGUCCUAUAUUCUUAUCUAGUAGCUACUUGCUUGGGCAGUAGUCUCCUGGGAUGUGAGACAGAGCCUGUCGGCUGCGUGUGCAGAAGUCAGAGUACAUGCCUCUGUGCUUCAGUUAAAGCCUAAAUACAGUUCUAGUCUCCUUUAUUUUUAGCUUUCGAAAGGUCUAAAUGUGUCUGUCAAGCAGAGCACUGGCAAAUUUGUGGUGAUCUCUGUCCUCUGCAGUGAUCAUAUGCUCAUUAUGGUGAUGCAGGUGAAUAAUAAAUAUGCCCGACAUUACAGUCUUGAGCUCUCCAGCCAUUGAUGGCUGGGAAUGGGCAAUGCCGGAGAGUGCACAAAUCUCUCCAGCCUGAAACUCGCUGGCAAGUGUUUUGUGCCAGUUAUUUCCCUGAAAUCAGCUGACUUUCAUGAUUAUUCACGCGAAUACUCCAGAAUAAAUAAGGAUUGCACAAUUUUACCCAAAUUUAAAGAUUAGAAAAGUGGCUUGCGCUUUCAGUUACUCCAGAGUUGUCUUCCUAUGCUAAGCAGAUACAGAGAGUGUUCAAAACACUCUAGCAGUUUAUGAAGAAUUGUAUUUAUCUGUGUGCUAAGUGGCCUUGACUACUUCAUUAGCGUUGCACCAGCAGGAGAUUUCCCCUGACUUAUCUUCAUUCUUUUUUAGUUCCAGACAAGGCAGUGCAUGCCGUCACAUUUAUUAAAUGCUGUCUGUCACAUUUAUUAAAUGCUGUCUGUCUGGCAGGACCAUCCGUUAAGAUGUGUACUGCUAACUUUGCAUUCAUGGAGUUGCAGUUCAGGCGUUUGUUGGCAUGUCAUCUUUAGAUCUUGUUUUAGCAAAAAAAAAAUGUCAGUGAAAUCCUUUCAAUCUCUGCUGUUGAGGAUGGGGAGAAUUGAAAUGUGUGGAAAAAGACUGAAAAUAAAACCAGUCUGACUAGCUUGAAGUUGGGUAUUCUUGCUGUGACAUUACAGAUGCUGUUUCUCUGUAACUCUUCCCCUUCCAGUCAUCCCUGGCAGUUCUCAGUUUGUCCUCCUGUCCUCCUCUCUCCUGUCUUGUGACUGUUAAUGAUGUUAAGAGUUCAACACAGCUGUUCCCAAGCCACAGAGCUGAGUACAGUAGCAACAACCUUGAGAGAGAGGUAUGGCCUUCAGUACUUGCAGCGAAUACCUGUGUAUGAAGGGGGCUGGAAGGUUCCUGUCCCGGAUGAUUGUGAUGUGCAUACCUACGUUGCGGUGGAGGAAUGCUGCAGAUGCCACCUCUGCUGUUUCUGUCCAGCUAUUCUUUGCUCUCCAUCAGGUAGUAAACACCGCUUAUAAACUGCGUCUCUGUAUUUAAUAUUUGUUAAGAUGGAUGUUCUAGCUACUUUAUGGACUGCUGCUGUUUUGGGGGGUUUUUUAGGCUAGAUAAUAGUAUAUGCAGACUUACCUUGCUGUAUAUUGUGUACUCUUGGCACUUACGCACAAAUGUCAUGUGAGUUUUUAUUUGCAAUAAAAAGAUUAAAAAUA